CGGAGUCGAAGCUCAUCAUCUCGCGAGAAAGUAUAACCGCUACGCGCGAGUUUAGAGGCAAGAAGAAUGUUGCUUGGUUAGUCGUGGGUGUUCUUCGUAACGCGUUAAACGACAGCGCGAUUAUAUACAUAUAUAGAUUUAUAUCACUAUAUUUAAAAUUACUUACACAUAUAUUCAUUAUUUAUUUGUGUAUAUACAUAUGUGUGUGUGUGUGUAUAUAAAAUUCGACACUGCUACAGCGACGAAAGGACAGUUCGGUUAUUUCUUCGGCUGAUGCUCUGCCGUUAGCUUCUGCGGGCGAGGCUCUUCCGUAUACACAGUGUAAUGGUGUAUGAAAAAGAUUUAAUUCGAGUUUUGAACUUUUGAACGAACAUCAACAACUUUGCGCAAUGAUUGGAGCGAAAAUCGUGGUGCUCGGUGCUUUUUUAUUGUGUCAGUGUUAAUCCUUCAAACGAGGAUGCUCUAGUUCGAGAGUGCCGGAAGGCGGCGGCUGCUCGUCGCUGCUGCUGCUGCAUGUUAAUAAUAAUAACAAUAAUAAAAUAAAUAAAUAAAAAAGUGAACCCGAAACAUUGUUUAUGAAUUUUGUGAAGUUUUUCGCGAAGUAAAAAUAAUAACGGACGAGUUUCAACAUCAUCCAUUGAUAAAGACACGCCAAAAAAUAUUUGACGAAUCUUAUUUCGGAUAUAAAGAAAUGUGCGCGCGUGUACGCUUUGUACGUAAACGAUCUAAGAAAGCACAGGAAUCAUAGGAAAAGUUUGUCGACUCGUGUUUUGUGUUCUCUUUCUUCUUCUUACUGAUCUUUCGAAUUUUUUGUUUACUUCUUUUUGCGGGUUCUCGCGUCUCUUCGAGCGCCACGGGCGGGGCAAAGAAAACUUGCGUUUUCUACUUCUCAUUUUUUGGCGUAUUGUUUUUUGUGAUUCUUCAACAAUUUCGUUCCUAAUAAUCUUACAACUCGACUGCUCCUCGUCGUUUUCACCGAAAAUCUACUAGAUUUUUCGUAACGAGUGCUUUUUCUUGGUCUUGUUUUCGUGAUCUGUUCCGCGCUCGUGUGUGAAUCGUUUCGACCUUUUUCGCCCUUCAUAUUCGAGGGACCAUGCACCAAAUCCCUCAACGAUGAUCAACCGGAUCGGACUUCCUCGUUCUUCCUGGACCUGGAAUAGACACUGACGAUAUGGACACAGUAUGGCUUCGGUACUCUGGCAUGCCUCUGGGAGUAGUUUCGUUUCACCUACCGUCAUAUUCCUCCUGCUACUCUGUCCACGUACUACCACAGGCCGCGAGGUAAUUGACGUACCACUGCCACAGCAAGACUACGUACCAACCCUGCCACCACCACCACCACCGGGACCCAUCACCACUGCCAGAACACCAAAGUGUGACCAGAAAUUCGUCAGCAUUGCGGAUGGCCCGCAAAAUGGAACGUUUGAGGCACCGUCUUUGAUAAAUCCCGAUGGUGAAUCACAGCAGUGCGUUUACACGUUCUUCGCUGGGCCGGAACAACGCGUGGAACUCGUCUUUACUUCCUUCGGCCUCCGCGGCUCUCCGCCAGAUGGAUCCGCCGUCGGGGAAUUGCCUGCAUGUGUUCACGAGUACAUGGAUGUGUACACGGAGAUACGAUCGGAGAAUACGACCAAGUUGAUAGAGACGCCGUUCGGUGGCCGUUAUUGCGGUCCUAUUCCACCGCGUAGAAGAGUUUCACUUUAUCAGGGUCUCGCUCUGAGCUUCUACACGGAUAAAAAUGUCACAGAGCCGAGCCUCUUCGGCGGCCGAUACACCUUCAUCAAUGCCUCCGAAUACGCGGUUGGUACACCAGCUCCGGAAACUCCGUGCUCGUACAUCGUAGACUCCCAAACGAAACGUACGGGAAACAUACUAUCGCCGACUUAUCCAGGCACAUAUCCGAAGGAUCUCGUCUGCAACUACACGUUCAUUGGAAAACCGGCGCAGAGGGUUCGUCUCGAGUUUCGUGACUUUGACUUAUUCUUCGGAGGUCCUCACUGUCCGUUCGAUUACGUCAAAGUGUUUGACGGUCCGAACACAACGUCACCGGUUAUCGGCACUUACUGCGGUCAACAGCGAAAUUUGGUGUUGUAUUCCUCGCAAAAUAAUCUCACGGUUUUAUUCGUAACUCUUGAGCGUACGGCGAAUACGCAAAAUCGAGGAUUCAAAGGAAUCUUUGAAUUUUCCGAGAGUUUUGUUAAAUUAGAUUUCAUAACCAACUACCAUGGUAUGCAUAUACGUGGCUCGGAGUGUGAUCAAAAAAUUUUGAGCCAGAAAAAAUCGUCGGGUUACGUCGUCAGUCCAAAUUAUCCAUUUCCAUACAUAACCAAAGUCGUUUGUCGUUACUUCGUUUAUGGUAUGCAAGACUCGCAACAUUUGGAGCGCGUGCGACUGACUUUUUUGAACUUUGAAAUAACAAAGGGCGAGGCUAAGGGAGAGUCCGCGUGUACAGAUGGUUACCUCAAGAUUUACUUGAAAGGACAGGAGGCGACGGACUCUUACGACAAAUUUGACUACGAGAUGUGUGGCACCGAGAGCAAUCCGAGCCACGUAGUUAGCGACGGGCCACGUCUCGUCAUGGUGUUCAGCAGCGGGGAAAUGAAGCAGGGCAAAGGAUUCAAAGCACAAUACAAUUUCGAAACGGAAUACAGGAUACCGGGUACAGCGGCACCGGACGGUACCUGCUCCUUCGCAUACCGCAGUUCCUCACGUAAAAAAGGCGAAUUCAAUUCGCCGCGUUAUCCUAGCAAUUAUCCAAGCGAUACGAAUUGUACAUACUUGUUUUUGGCAACACCGAACGAACAAGUCACCCUCGUGUUCGAUCAUUUUAAAGUCAGAACGAGAAAUACCAACCUGACCGUUGGUCAUUACGGGGCUGAAUUGUGCCAAGACGACUGGCUCGAAAUUUACAAUAUGUAUCGGGAUGAUACAGAAAAAUUGAUAGGUAGGUUUUGUUGGAUGACCUCACCGGGGCCGGUGGAAUCGAAUCUCGGAGCUCUCGGUCUCAAAGUUAUCCUCCAUUCGGACUCGGAACUCGUCUACAGCGGAUUCAAAGCUCGCUACACCUUCGAAGUGGCGAAAUCCAUUUUUGGAGAUUGCGGCUCAAAUAUAAGCAGUCUCGACUUUGGUGUUAUAACAAGUCCAAACUUUCCAAACAAUUAUGACAAACCUGCGCGUAAUCUUGCCAGUAAAACGUGUAAUUGGUUCAUCAACGUUCGACCGAAUCAUCGGAUACUUCUGAACUUUGAAUUAUUUUCUGUCGAGGGUGAACAAUCUGUGCGUGGUUGUCCCGCUGCAGUUUUACGAAUGUGGCAUUCGUCAACGGCACCACCCUUCGAGUUAUGUGGGGUGAAAACUCCGGAAUCACAAUGGAGUUAUCUGUCAGAAGAGAACAACAUGCGUCUUAGUUUCAUAUCUGCUGACAAGGCGGUUGGGCAACGUGGAUUUCGUGCAGUGUGGACGGAAGUUUCAAUGGCGACCGAGUGCGAUACAAACGAAUUUCAUUGCGAAAUAAGCAGAUAUUGCAUCUCGACGGCUCUGCGUUGCAACAAAAUCGACAAUUGCGGACCGGAAGACACAUCCGACGAGGAAAACUGUGCGAUUGCUGCGCCAAUUGACAAUUACGCGGUGCCAGUGAGUUGCGCGGUUGCGGCCGUCCUCGCAGCUCUCGUACUGUGUCUCAUAUGUCAUCGUAAAUUGAAGAGACGCGUCGAGGAAGUGCACAUUGACGAUCUACAGCAGCGCGUUGACGAAGAGCGACGGUGCUACCACCAUCAUCAUCACCAUUAUCAUCACAGCCUGUUGAAUCAUCCCCAAACUCACAGCCACGCUCAUACUCAUAAUUAUAAUCAAUAUCAGCUCGAGCAACCGAGUCCGCCGAGCGAGAGUGAGCGCGACGAUGACCACGUUUGUCACGACGAUCGUAGUAGCCCGGACAGCGUGUGACCGCGGUCUCCUUUCUCGGCCCUGUAGCGGCAACCAAAUCUCCGCGUCUUCCUCCAAAUUUUCUUCCUCGACUCCAAUGCCCGCCCCGUCGAAAUUCUUAACGCCAAACUACAUUUUUUCACUUCAUAUCAGACUUUAUGAAAGAUAUGAAAAACAAUAUAAAUUUGCUUUACUUCGCGGUUUAGAUUACCGCGAUGAUUAGAUACAUGGGAACAAGUUUAACAUUCGUGCUUUUUCCGAGCUUUCAUGGGUUUUUCUCAGAGCCAGUUCUUUUAUUGUUGAAACACAGUAUUUCAAAAAAAUUUCCCCUUCCUCCUUCGUAUCUGUAACUAUCACUUUAUUGCGGAAAUUUUCGUUAUCGUCUGACGACGGGAAACACGGAUUUUUUUUCGACUUUUCGAUGUACGAGCUUGGCAAAUACUCGUCGUUGAUUAUACCCAACAAUUCAUCAUUUUUCAUAUUCGCUUGACAUUAUUAGCAGAGUCGCGCGCGAACCUGAACAUACUCGUACUCUCUCACUCUCUCUUUCCAUUUCUUCAAGUAUUAUAAAUUGUUCGUUGUUCCUGCUGUUUUUUUAUAAUCAGUUCCGGCGUUAUGAAAAACUGACGAAUUUCUUGUUCCGCUGAUGAUGCUGCUGCCGCUGCUGCUGCUGCUGUUGCUGCUGCUGCUCGAAUAACGGUGCCUGAUUAUUCACCAGCAACGAUUAUAUGAUCGAGUUUAUCUUGGCAUCAAACAAAAAGACAAAGAAACGGAAAAGUUGAAGAAAAAAACAACCAGUCUAUCCGCACACGAUCAACGUGCUCAGAUUAUACGUGCUUAGUAUAACGUAUAUUGUAGAUAUAUAUUAUACAUUAAUAUACAAUAUAUAAUAUAUAUGUAUAGCAUACCUCAAACUAUUUUCAAAAUGAAGAUGAAAAAAUUCUAACCGUGCGUCAAAAACGAUAGUUUUUUAUUAUCAUUAUUGUUGUUAUUAUCAUUAUUAUUAUUGCAUUAUCGUGCGAAACGACGGAACACAGUCUAUGCGGAGAAACACGAUGACGGCUACACGCGCAGUAUCCUUUGGUCGAAUUUCCAAAAUCACCGGAUUUAUUUUUUUAAUUAUUUAACCAAAAAACAAACAAAAAUGUCGCUUCCGUCGAACAUUCGGAUAUAAUUCGACGGAAUUUCUGUUGCUCAAUCAUACUUCUCUCUGUAGUCUUCCACUCUGUUUCACUGACAGAAAAUUAAAAAAAUGUGCGAGGAAUGUUGAUCUUGGGCAGGACGUUAUCGCACUCCCUUUCCCAUAUGAACCAUGCUCAAAAAUCAAUAACCCGGAAGUUUCAUUACGCCGGAUUUAACAAGACGCAAAGAUAGUUCCAGCGGAUUUGUGGAAUUUGAAAGAUGCCGCCUCCGGUGGCUCACUUUUCUACUUACGUACGGAACAAACCGUCAAUGUUUGUUGCGACGCGCGCGACGAGCAUGAGGCAAAAACAUCGAAAAUCUUUCAAAUACAUAUGAAAUAUAUUGUUAUAGCAUUAUAUACACGAAUGUACUCGAAUAUAAUAAUUUAUACAGUAUGGUUAAAACAAACGAUUGAGUGAAAAAAUGAAAAAUUGUAUGAGAAACCGGAAUAAUGGUGGACACAUUAUUUUUUAUAGAAAUAAGUAACAUUGCAUAUACGAAUGAUGAUCGGAGCCAAUUUAUAUUCAAUUUAUGAUUAUUUUUCGAUGCUUUGGCUCAAUUCUUGUCUCUUAUAUGUAUUCCUCUAAUUUUUGUUAUACUAAUUACUACACCUCUUUAUUAUUAAUAUCCCCGAAGGGAUUUCGCUAGAAUGAAAAUAGUCGAAUUUCCCUUCGUCGUUUGGUGCUGUGAAAAGUUCACUAUCGAUUCACCCGUUCGUAAACUAUUUUGUUUUGAAUUUUUUCAAACAGACGAAGAAAUCGAUUGUAAUAUUCAAUGAUUUUUAUUACAUGUUUUUCAUGUAUCUUUGACUCGGAGUUCUCCGUUCUCUCGUGUUUUUUUUCCUCCAUUUGGAUGAUAAUUUAUUUCAUACUUGACGCUUCGCCGAGUUCCAAAACCACGAUUCGUCUCAUUAAGACACUAGAAAAAUGAGAAGCGCGUCGUAAAAAAGAACUCGUGGCAAAAAAAUUAAUUCGUUAUAAAUGAAUUAGGGAACAAAUGUUCGCGUGCGGUGAAAAUAAUGUACGCCAAUUUGAUAAUAGUAAAACAAAACCAAAAACCGAAAGAAAAAACGUGUUUGUAGAAUCGAGUACGAGGGGGUCGAUUCAAAAUCUAACGAUUAUAUAUAUUUGUUUUUUUAAAUAGGUAAACGGAGAUUCCAAAGCUCGUUGACUAACGGAUACUGCGUGUAAAUAUUCGACGAAAUAUGUAUAUGCUAAAAUAUGUAGUGCGUAUACACGUAAUAUUGUAAAUAAUAAUGCGUUAAAUAUUUCGAUAUAAGUAAAUAAAAUAGCAUAGAAAUUUGGCACAUGAUUACGGACAUGCAAAUAGACCACUCUGAUUUUACGUCGAAAUCGAUUUCGAAACGUAGAAAAAUUACGAAACGAAGAUUAAGUGGCCGAACAAAUGAGACGAAUCGCGAGGAGUUGGAUUGCCGUUCGUGAAAAAAAAAAAAAAAAAAAAAAAAAAAAUUAAAAUAUCAAUACUCGUAGAGCAGGCUGGUCCCUGCGAGCAGAACGAGAUUGAUCAUUUUUUCAUGUUUUCUAAUAUAAUUACGAUAAUCAACUGUUGAAAUAAAUUUCUAGUAUACAGUCGAUAAUCGAGCUUGUAUUUUGGCCGAUGAAACGCAGGAAAAAAAUGAUACGAAAAGUGCAUAAUUCUUAAGAGGAAUCGUUAUGAGAAAGAAAAAUGUUUGUCUCAUGAUUCCAAGUGAAAAAUAUAUCGAAGGUGUACGUAAAAUCAGAGUCAACGGAAAAGGAACUAUUUUUUUCGAUUUCUCCGACUUUGAAUUCUGGUAGACUGUUAAAAUAUGUAAAAUUGUCACUGAAAGCGUCUUCUGCGAAUAAAAAUCAUUGGUUUACCGUUAGUAUGUUUAAAAAUUCAAGUAAAAUCUUUGGAGCGAAGAGAUCGAAAAAUAUUGUUUUUUACGUAAAAGUCGGUGUUGGGUGUAAAAACCUCGAUCGGUUAAGGGUACUGAAGGAAAAAGGGUGAGUGCCGAAGAGAAAAGGUCUAGCGCAGAGAGAUAAAUAUGAUUUACGCAUAAAGUGUACACAGGUAUUAAGGAUAUUCGUAUGUACAGAGCGUCCCACGAUUAGUAGUCGUAAAUUGAAGGUCUCUCGUGCUUACCGAAACUGCAGAAUAGUCCUGAGAACGGAUUGAAAAAGUAUUUUGAUUUCGAACGUCCAUUUUAUUACCGAAGUAUUGUUUCUUAUGAAAUCUCUCCGCACGAUUAUUCGGACAUACACGCAAAACGAAAGAUCGCACAUCCUCCAACUUAAAAUUGUAUAACUCAUUAGGAGCGAUGUGAAUAAAAAUUCGAUGCUUAUCUCGAGGCUGCUUUUUCAGUUAACAUCAGUGAGACGCCCUGUAUAUGACCUAAUGUAUUUUAACGAUUAGUCGCGUCUAAUGAACACAAUUAUAGAGUCGGCAUGUAUAAAAACGAAAAGGCAAAGGGGGAGGAGAAAGUCGUUUUGCACGAGAAAAAAUGACGGACAAAAGUUUGUGGUAAGAGAAUUGUGCCCGGUGAAUUAUCAAUCAGAUAGAACGCUUUAUCGCGCCUCGAAAGAAAAAUUCGUUGUCACGAUUUUCGAGGCGUUCAAGGUGACAGUUUAAACCAAAUGAAAAAAUGAACAAACCAAUAGAGGAAAAAAAUCGGCAAUAGCGAAAAGACGCACGGGUUUUGCUCGUUGUAUAGGUCAUGCAGGGUCCAUUCUUAGGAUCUCGUUAUAGAAUCCACAUUAAAUUUAUACUUAUAAAUAUGUAAGUAAAUAUAUAUAUAUAUAUAUAUUAUAUAUAUAUCGCCUAUGCGGGUCCCGGUUGAAAAGAAAUGAGUGAUUAACACUAACGAAAUUCGAGUCAUAAAAGUAAUUGAAAUAAAAUCUGCAUCCAAAUGGAUUGAUAAAAGAAUAAAUAGAGCCCCGUUGGUGCAGAAAAAAAACCCUUUUUUGCUUACUACGGGAAAAAAUUUCUACAUAGAUAUCAUAUUUAAAUACGAACGAACAAAAUAAGAAAAGAAAAAGUUGCAAUACCAGAGUCGUCAUUGAAGGAAAAAGAAGAAAGCCGAGAAGUUGUUACAUUGACGCGCACAUCUUCAUAUUUUGUACACGAAAAUGCCGCUUUUUCUACGUAAUGUCAUCGGUAAAGCUAGUGAAAUAUGACAAUACAAGUCACCAGCUUGUUAUGCGCCAUGAGCCAACUGUUCUGAUUUUUCAAUAUUUCUUUUUAUUAUGUGCGCAUAUUUCGACGAUCGAUUUUUCGUCAAUAUAUCAUCGCUUCAAAGUGGUUCCCGGUGGUUCGUCCGAUAUAAACGUUGGGGGUUGUUUUUCGAUCAACUUUAUUGAGAGACGCCGAUGACACACAUUUGUUUGCUUUAAACGAACACUUUGAUUUAUGACGAAACGAAAAUGGUUCCUCCCGAUAAAACUGAUUGUAUUCAUAUGUUUUGUUGAUGUGCGUUUUCGUGAGAAAACCUUGUUGGAGCGUCAGUUGCGUUGGUUGGGAAAAAUAAAUCAUUCGUAAGUACAGGUAACGAUCGCCAAUCUUCUAAAUUCUAAACAGGAAAAAAACAGUAACGUGUACUAAUAAUAAUACUGAUAAUAGUAAUAAUAAUAAUAAUAAUAAUAAUAAUAAUAAUAAUAAUAAUAAUAAUAAUAAUGGAUAACGAAUAAUGUUUAACGAAUAAUGAUAAUAGUAUACACACGAGUAUAUAUAUAUAUAUGUGUGUGUAUAUUUCACAUUAAUCGCUGCCAUUGGAGCUAUACCAAAGUAUAUUCUAAACUAUAAUAAAUGAAAAAAAAAUCAUACCAUACGUUAUGCACUGGAAAUAAAAAAGGGGGGGAACAAAAAUUAUGAAAAAAAAAAAAAAAAAAAUCCAAAUAAAUAUGACAAAACUGGAAUAAAUGGUAUAUGCUAGAGAGUAUAUGUAAAAGAUUAAGUGCGAAAGCUAAUUUACUCGAACCGAGUUUGAACAAAGAGAAGGAAAAAUGCGAAAAUGAUGAAUAACAUUACGACUGACUCAAGAUUCCUCGAAAAAGAAAGAAAAAACAGAAAGCUGAAAUCCGUUGCUCAUGUUGCAUUAACCCUUUUUCUUAUAUGCGCGAAUUUUCACACAUUUUAUAGUGCAAAUCACAAAGUCGAUUUUGGAAGACGAGAAGAGACGUGGGCCGAGCGAAUUAUUGUUUGGUCGCGAACCAGGACUAAAAACAAGAAGAUUUAAACCGAAAUAGCUGCAAGCAUUUAAAUGUCAGUGUAAGACUUAUAUAUCGAACCACUGUGUUCAAUUACUUUCAAUGAAUGAGAGAAAAUAAAAAUUAAUAUUGAGAAAAAAACGAACGAUUUAAAAAACCACGAUGUGAUACUCAUACCCAAAUAAAAGAAAACGAAAAAAAAAAAAAACAAAAACGUUUACCCAAGUUCAAUCUCAAUUGAUACUCGCCGUUCGUUCUCAUUCAUUUCCUCGUAUAGUGCCGAGAACCCCCUUAAAAGUGACAUUCAUUCGCGUCUCACGUUCUUAUCAUAAACGCGCAACCUACCAUUUUAUUUUAUCCCUUUAUCGCCGAAGAAUCCUCCAACACACCGCACCGGGUCGAAGAAGUGACUCAUCUCGUUCGGGAUAUUUAUCGCGAUCGAUAAUCUUCCCGCUUUCUUCACAAUAUCGCAACAACCAGAACAUAUGUGAUCGCGUUUCGGGUAGGUCGUCUUCUUUUUUAGUGUCUGAAUCGUCGAUGGAUUCGAAAACGAAAGAGAACGAAUCAAGAUUCCAGGUUACGAUGCUCCAUAUAUAUAGAGAAAAUAGGGCGGGGGGAAAGCCAUGAGAAAAGUGAGUGAUUCGCGUGGAUCUGCAUUACGCAGAGGAGGCUGUGAAAUAAAUUUUGAAAAGAUUAUUUAUGUAAUUGGAAGCAUCGCGUUUUAGGAAGCCCGAUGAACGAUGAAUCGUCGAUGAAGAAGGUGGAGUGAAAUAUGUUUUUACGUAUCACAUAAUAUUGUUGAGACCCCCGAAAUACAUAUUACGAAACAUUCACAAAUUGCGCAUUCGAUAUUCGGUGUGAUGAGUUUUCUUUUGUAAGUUGACGAAUAAACAAAAACCGCCCGGAAAAGUAUCUUUCGUUCCGUUCCGACGAGAUUUUAUUCAUCAAUAAAGUGGUAACAACUGUGGGGAAAAUCAUUGAAAAAUGGUAAAUCAUUUUAAUACGUAAUUGUGACUAUAUACAUACGAAUUAGAAUGAGGGCGAUAUUCAAACGUGUUAUUUCGUGUAUUUGCAUAAAAAAAUUAUAAGAACAAAAGAAAAAAAAUAUAGCGUAUUAGUUGGUCAUAAUAAUACGAGCUCGGUCAUUAUCCAUCGUUAUGGUGUAUAACAGUGAAUAUAUACGGGGCGGAGGGAAAAAUACAAAUGAUAUUAGUCACAGGCUUUUUUAGGAGACCCUCGAAAGAUGUUCGAGGACCAAAUUGUCACGCGGCUAUUUUUAAGUCACACACACGUGUAUUUUAAGGGCUGCGUUAUUUUAAUAAAUUAUCAAAAUCAUUGGAAGUAUAGGUGAGAAAAAAGGACUCAUCCAUAAAUGACCUGGAAAAAAAAAGAGUUGGAAAUUAACACACGCGGUAAUACGAAUCAUCGACAUUGUAUAAUGUACAUAAAUAAUAACAAUAUCGGAUUUACGAAGAAGAGAAUGGAAAAAUACCAACGACACGAAGAUCGGUGAAAAUGUGCGAAAAAAAAGAUAAAGUAGAUUAGCUGAGGUUUGUACAGGCUGUACCGGAAUUUGGGCUGUAUGAUCCUGAAAAGAAAACUUGUCAAGCGUGUUUCCAUUGGACACAUUGUUCUUUGUGAGAUAAUAUUAAGAAAUAAAUGUGAAGCAGCCCUUCA